AUGCUUCAAGAAAAGAGGGCUGCUUAUUUCCUUAUCUUCCCUUUAAAGCUGACCAUUCGGAAGGUUGGAAUUAGGGUGGAUGCUAAGACUUUCUAGCACUCUCCUCAGAACGAUGACUGUGAUGAAGACGACAUUGAUGAUGAUGAUGAUGAUGAUGAUGAUGAUGAUGGUGGUGGUGGUGGUGGUGGUGGUGGUGGUGAUGAUGAUGAUGAUGAUGAUGAUGAUGAUGAUGAUGAUGAUGAUGAUGAUGAUGAUGAUGAUGAUGAUGAUGAUGAUGAUGAUGAUGAUGAUGAUGAUGAUGAUGAUGAUGAUGAUGAUGGGUUUUAG